AUGUACCAACAAAACAGAGUACUCGGAAGUACCGUGCCGAGUGGAGGCAACUCACUGGAGUCUCCAGCGGGGCAGUCGGAGAACUCGGCCAUCCCAGCCCGUUCAUUCGCGCAUUAUAUCUCGUCACCGCAACUGAAUACGUCUACAUACAGUCACAUCCUACGAGGACCCAUGACGGAAAGAACGGCGAGCGAUAUUCGUACCGCUAUCUAUCUCAGUGCCACCACCCUCCGACCCCUUCCGGCAACUGACGUUUCGUCUGAAUCCGUCUGCCCCUCCAGAAAUUCCGUCCCAGCCGCCACGAACCCAACAAAGAGAGGGAGGGGACGAAAGCAGGACAAUGAUGAUGAUGAUGAUAAUGAUGAUGUCGGCUACCUGUUGUACCCGGAGCCAGCGCGACCGCUGAGAGGCUCCGAACCUAGCCUGGGCCGCAUCGACAGGGAGGGGGAGGUGGAGGAAAAUGGGGAAGCAUUGUUUGCCAUUGCCACAUCUGCCGCCAUGCCAGUGUCACUGUCACCCACCCACCCACCACCCAGCGGUUCUCAGGAGGGGCCACUUGUCGCCGUAGAACCACUGGGGAAAGAAAACGUUACCAUGGUCAGGGUUGCCGGACAGUCCCAGUCGUACCUCGCGCCUUCCAAGCGAAUGCAACCCGGGCGUCAACCUGACUUUGCCUCGCGUUGAUUGGGAGGAACGGGCAGUUAGUCAGCUCUUGGGUGGGAGAAAACCGGACUUCGGCACCGUGACACCGACGCUGCCAUCCCCGGAAAGAUUCAAGCUGGAGUGUGUUCGGUCGAAGCAAGAGCUGGAGAAGAAAAGUAAAAAAGAUUCAUCCCGGUCGGAUGGUCUCUCGACCGUUCCAGAUGG